AUGUUGUCUCGGGUUUUGAUGCGAGGAACCCGCCGCGCGGGCAUUGUCGGCCUUGGCGAGAACAGGGCAGUGAUGCCGCGCCAAUGGAUGGCUGCCGUGGCACGAAGCUUUGGAUCCGGUGGUGACCCGCGAGGCCACCUGAACCCGGAUGGAACGAGGCCAGAGCCCGAAGAUGCUGAGGAUUACCAUGACCCCGAUCCCAUGGACCAUUCUCCUCGGAUGAAGUUGGUCAAGGAGCGGGGUCAGACCUUUGUCGUCUCACAAGAUCCGCCCAAGAACAUCGCAGAGCUCUACCAAACCCAUGAGGAGCAUGUCCCUUUCUAUCCUCGUGGCCGCUUGAUCUUGAAGGGAAACUACAAGUUGACCAUGAAGGCUGAGUAUCUAUUCUUCUACAUUCCGACAACCAUUAUCCUGGGCCUGUGCAUUCCCGCCUUCACAACCAUCUACGCUUUGGAGGAGGCUGUGGCUUCGACGAUGACGAUCAAGGUGACCGGAAGACAAUGGUAUUGGGUCUAUGAAGUUGAGUCCCCCACCGACGAUGGUGAUGACGACGAUGAAUGA